CUGAAUGACCAGGAUCUAAGAUGCUUUGCGGCUGUUGCGACAGCGGUCAAGAGGUGGAGGAGCUGAAGGAAGUCUCAACUCUUCCCAUUCUGGUCCCAGAGUUGCGGGAAGGUACCGAGUCUCGAAAGGCAGCUCCUAGCCAUGGGACGUUUUCGGUCGCAAUCCCAAUGAAGGGGCACAUUUCGUUUGGCGUGAAGCUGGACGUCACAGACACAGCGGUUGGUCCUAUGAUCAUUGAUAUUCAAAGUGGUGCCGUUACCAGCUUCAAUGAUCGAAAUCCUUCGCAGGCUAUUCAGAUUUGGGACACCAUCGCAGAACUUGAGGAUGCCAAAGGCAUGGUAGCUGUUUAUGAGAAAAUGAAUGGCCCGCUGCCGGAGACUGUGAGAAUGACUCUAAGAAGGCCAAGGCAACUAAAUGCAAUGCUGUCCAAAAAGGAUGGGCCGUUGGGCGUGCUGCUUGACUACAAGCCCUCAUCAGUGGGUAGCUUGAUUUCUAGUGUGAAGGAGUCAGGACUUGUUGCCAAGUGGAACAAGGAACACCCUGAGGAUGCGCUGUCAACAGGGGAUCGAAUUCUCAAAAUCAAUGGCAAGAUGCCCACAGGCGAUGCGAUCAUCCAAGAGAUCAAGAAUGCUGGCGACCUCAACCUGACGGUGCUGAAAUUCGCACAAUGACCAACCUUUGUUUUUUCGUUUAAGUGAUAAUGCAGUGAGUCUAGACGAGUCUGGGCCGCUAGCUAACGCCCACUAUCUGACUUGCGAUUCCGAAGGAAUCCCAGUCUCGGGAUUUUGUUCAAGAAAUUGCUGCGACAUGCAGGCGAACUGGUCCUGAAGUGCGGAAGCGGAAAAA